AUGGUGUCGAUGAGCACGACGCCGCACCCACUGGAUCCGUCGGUCCCGGCCGUCGCCGGGGGCGGAAAGGAGGAGGAGGAGGCGCGGGAGGCUGCCGCCGCUGCCGCGCCCACGGCCGUGCCUGUGCCUGUGCCGUCGGUUGGGAACGACGAGGAGGAGGGGCCCCGGAGGAUGCGCAAGCCGUAUACCAUCACCAAGUCACGCGAGAGCUGGACCGACCCCGAGCACGACAAGUUCCUGGAGGCGCUGUAG